AUGUUGACUCUCGGCACACUCAUCUUCUUCGCCAUAGCAGCUGCCAUCGCCCUCGUCGUGAAGACACUAUCUAGACCGCAAAAGGAAAACCUUAUCUCAAGAGCCAUCCCCGCUGCUGCACCCCUCACUCAACCCCUCCCCUCAACAUGGUACAAGUCAGACGACAUCUACGAACUUGAGCGAAGAGCCAUCUUCUCCAAGAAAUGGAUCCUGCUCACUCACAAGAUGCGCUUCGACCAGACCGGCGCCUGGGUCCGAUACGCUGAAGCUGGCUUUGACUUCUUCCUCAUUCGAAAUGCAGAGGGUACCAUCAGGGGCUUUCAUAACAUCUGUCGUCACCGUGCUUUUCCCGUCGUUGUCAAGGAUAAUGGCCAGAACAACGUCUUGUCCUGCAAGUAUCACGGUUGGUCUUACG